AUGGGUGCUAUCAACUCCAAUAAAAGACAAAAGACUACUACCACCACUGCUACACAACAAGUUAAAGGCGAAGAUGCUAAACUACUAAUACACAAAUAUCUAAACGAACAAAGAAGACCAUAUGGGAUCAAUGAUAUAGUCGUUAACUUAAGAAAUAAAGUAAAUAAACCAACUGCCAUUAAAAUCUUAGAUGAGUUAGUUGCCAAUGGAGAAAUACAAUGUAAGUUAUUUGGUAAAGCAAACAUAUAUUAUUGCAACAAACAAGAAAAUUUUAACGCUGCCACCACCACCGAUAGAAAAUCUUUGAUUGAAAAACUAAAAGAUGAAGUGAACAAAUUAGAACUGGAAAAAUUGGACAUGGAGAAUGAUUUAAAAAUAUGGGAAAAUAUACCAUAUAACACUGACGCGGACAUAUUAUUAUCGCAAGAUAUUGAGAAAAUUACAGAAGAGAUUAUAAUGUUGAAGGAAAAGGUGGAUAAAAAAAAUGACGCCAUAAAAUUAAACAGAGAGAGAUUUGAAAUGUGUAAUGACAACAUUAUUGCGGUUAAUGAACAAAAAAUAAAACUAUUGGAAGAACAUGAUACAUUUAAUAAGAAAUUGGAUGAUUAUUCAUUCAAAUUAGAGAAAAAUUUCCAUCAAUUAGUUACGCUAUUAAAAGAUAUAAUUAACCCAAAGGAUAUGGACGAAUUUUUGUUUGAUUACAAUAGCGAUCAUGAGAUAAGUAUAUUAUAUUCAGUAAUAAAUUCCUUAUCGGAUAUUCCUAUUAUUUACUAUUCUUACCGUUUAUUUUUAAGGGGAGACGAAAGCAGUUAA